GUCUGUAAAACCCUAAUCGCCUAAACCCCUCAAGUCUCUCUUUCUCCUUCUCUCGUCUCUUCUCUCUCUGUGAAUUGGUUCGAAAAUGGGAAUAUUCGAACCGUACAGAGCGAUUGGAUACAUAACUAGCGGCGUCCCCUUCUCCGUUCAACGUUUAGGCACCGAAACCUUCGUCACCGUCAGCGUCGGCAAAGCUUUUCAAGUCUACAACUGCGCCAAGCUUACUCUGGUUCUCGUCGGUCCUCAAUUGGGCAAGAAGAUCCGUGCUCUUGCUUCGUAUCGCGACUACACAUUCGCGGCAUACGGGAAUGAGAUUGCGGUUGUUAGGCGUGCUCACCAGGUAGCAACUUGGAGUGCGCAUAACGCUAAAGUCAAUUCGUUGCUGUUGUUUGGAGAACAUGUCCUUAGUGUUGAUGUGGAAGGUAACAUGUUCAUAUGGGCAUUUAAAGGAAUUGACCAGCCUUCUGCUCCUGUUGGACACAUCAUGCUAGAUGAUAAAUUUAGUCCUAGCUGUAUAGUGCAUCCAGACACCUACUUGAAUAAGGUUCUUCUUGGGAGCCAGGAAGGUUCUUUGCAGCUUUGGAACAUUAGCACAAAGAAAAAAAUUUAUGAGUUCAAGGGAUGGAACUCGUCUAUAUCUAGUUGUGUUUCAUCACCAGCACUUGAUGUCAUUGCAGUCGGCUGUGCUGAUGGAAAGAUUCAUGUUCUCAACAUUCGCUAUGAUGAAGAGUUGGUUACCUUCUCGCAUUCUACACGGGGUGCUGUUACAGCCUUAUCUUUUAGCACAGAUGGACAGCCUCUUCUAGCAUCUGGAGGCUCAUCUGGUGUCAUUAGCAUAUGGAAUCUUGAGAAGAGAAGGCUCCAAUCAGUCAUACGAGAGGCUCAUGAUUGUUCGAUAAUUUCACUGCAUUUUUUUGCUAAUGAGCCUGUCUUAAUGAGUUCAUCAGCAGACAAUUCUAUUAAAAUGUGGAUUUUUGACACAAGUGAUGGAGAUCCCCGUCUUCUGCGCUUUCGAAGUGGACAUAGUGCUCCUCCACUUUGCAUAAGAUUUUAUGCAAAUGGGAGGCACAUUCUAUCAGCUGGGCAGGAUCGUGCCUUUCGCCUUUUCUCUGUAAUUCAGGAUCAGCAAAGUAGGGAGCUUUCUCAACGUCAUGUAUCUAAGCGAGCCAAGAAACUGAGGGUGAAGGAAGAAGAGAUAAAAUUGAAGCCUGUUAUUGCAUUCGAUUGUGCUGAAAUCAGAGAGCGGGAUUGGUGCAAUGUGGUAACAUGUCAUAUGGAUACUGCUCAGGCUUAUGUGUGGAGACUUCAAAACUUUGUUCUCGGUGAACAUAUUCUAAAUCCAUGUCCAGAAAAUCCAACACCUGUUAAGGCCUGUGCAAUCAGUGCAUGUGGCAAUUUUGCUGUGUUAGGGACAGCAGGUGGUUGGAUUGAGCGAUUCAACCUUCAAUCAGGAAUCAGCCGUGGCAGCUACCUGGACAUGUCAGAAAGAAGAAGCUGUGCCCAUGAUGGGGAAGUGAUUGGAGUUGCUUGUGAUUCAACAAAUACCCUCAUGAUAAGUGCAGGAUAUAGUGGAGAUAUAAAGGUAUGGGAUUUCAAGGGACGUGAACUAAAAUCCAAAUGGGAAAUUGGUUGUUCUGUUGUUAAGAUUGUUUACCAUCGCUCUAAUGGUCUAUUGGCUACUGUGGCAGAUGAUUUAAUUAUCCGCUUGUUUGAUGUUGUGGCGUUAAGAAUGGUUCGUAAAUUUGAAGGUCAUACGGAUCGCAUUACAGAUUUGUGUUUCAGUGAGGAUGGGAAAUGGCUCUUGUCAUCCAGCAUGGAUGGAAGUCUUCGAAUCUGGGAUGUUAUCUUAGCAAGACAGAUAGAUGCACUACAGGUUGAUGUGUCUAUCACAGCGUUGUGUCUGUCACCCAAUAUGGAUGUUUUAGCAACUACCCAUGUUGAUCAAAAUGGGGUAUACCUAUGGGUAAAUCAGGCAAUGUUUUCUGGAGCUUCAAAUGUUGAUUCUUAUGCAAGUGGAAAAGAAGUUGUGAGCGUUAAGCUGCCAUCUGUCUCUUCGAUGGAAAGUUCUCAAGUUGAGGAUUCUGAUAAGGCCGUUGUGAACCACUUAGAGUCCAAGGAAGCUUCUUUUACUACUCCAGAUCAGCAAAUCCCGGAUCUAGUUACUCUUUCAUUACUGCCAAAGAGUCAGUGGCAGAGUUUGAUCAAUCUAGAUAUCAUAAAGGUUCGUAAUAAACCAAUAGAGCCUCCAAAGAAACCCGAAAAGGCUCCUUUCUUCUUGCCUUCUGUUCCAUCUCUCUCAGGAGAAAUAUUGUUUAACCCUAGUAAGACAGCAAAUGAGGAGAAGGAUACUAAGGUUAAUGAGGUGGAAAACAAGAGGAGGGAAUCUGAUAUGCCACCAUCCCAAUUUUUGCAACAUCUUCAGUCCUCUAUGGAGAUGAAAAAUUUUUCAGCAUUUACUGAUUAUAUUAAAGGUUUAUCUCCAUCAACUUUGGACAUGGAACUUCGAAUGCUUCAAAUUAUAGAUGAUGAUGAUGAUCAGCAAGAACCAGAUGAAAGACCAGAGUUGUUUUCAAUAGAACUACUUUUGGAUUACUUUAUACAUGAGAUUUCCUGCAGAAACAAUUUUGAGUUCAUUCAAGCUGUCAUCAGGUUGUUUCUGAAGAUUCAUGGUGAAACAAUUAGGCGUCAGUCAAGAUUACAGGAUAAGGCAAGGAAGCUUCUUGAUAUUCAAAGCACAGUAUGGCAAGGAGUAGAUAAAUUGUUCCAAAGUGCUAGAUGUAUGGUCACUUUUCUUAGCAAUUCACAAUUUUAGCUGUCCUGAGGUAGCAGCUCAUAUGUUGUAAUGCCUCCCCAAUUUUGUUUGCUAAUUUGGCUAAUUUAUUGCGAAAGUAGGAAUAGUGUCAUAGUUACAGAAAUCAUCAUGGCAUAGAUUAGAUGGAGCUGAGACUGCGAAGCAUCGACGUAGUAGUAAAUUUUAUUUAAAAGGUUCCAUGUAUUUCAAUGGAUAUAUCAAUCAAGGAACGUAGUGUGUGCGCGCACACUCGCUCAUGUGUUAUUACUGGUGGAUGAGUCUUCAUGUCAUAUGAUAUGUUGUAAGCUAUAGCGUGUUGAGAUAAGCUCAACUCCAUAUGAUACUGAUACCCCGGGAAAAAAGGGAGAAAAUUUAAAAUAUUCAUCCUUGCCUGUCAAAAUGUGCGAAUCUACUUUUGAGUUUUUGUUUUA